AUGGGUGAUACGAAUGGACAAGUAGUAGCUGGUGGCAAUGGCCAAGGAAAUCGAUUGGAUCAAUUGAAUGAACCAACCGAUGUAUUAAUCGACAAAGAGACGGAUAGUCUCAUUAUUUGUGAUUGGUUGAAUCAACGAGUCGUUCGAUGGUAUCGUCGUAGUGGCACAACUCAAGGAGAAAUCCUUAUCGACAACAUCUGGUGUCAGAGAUUGACCAUGGAUGCCCAGAGAUAUGUCUACAUCUCUGACCCCGGCAAACAUGAAGUAAGGCGAUAUCAAAUAGGAGACAAGAAUGGAACUAUCGUGGCUGGUGGAAAUGGCCAAGGUGCUGGCCUCAAUCAACUCAACGUUCCGACCUACAUCUUUGUCGAUCAACAACAGACUGUCUACGUGUCAGACUACUUCAAUAAUCGUGUAAUGAAAUGGAAUAAAGGUGCAAAAGAAGGAAUUGUUGUCGCUGGAGGUCAAGGCCAAGGGAAUGCUCUGACACAAUUGUGGAAUCCUGAAGGACUGUUUGUCGAUACAUUGGGUACCAUCUAUGUAGCAGGUUUGGAAAAUCUACUAGUGAUGCGUUGGCCUAAAGGAGCGAAACAAGGCACUGUCAUUGUGGGUGGAAAUGAUGUGGGAGCAGAAGCAAAUCCGUUCAAAGGUCCUGAGGGUUUAUCCUUCGAUCGACAUGGCAAUCUCUAUGUCGUCGAUAGUCCUAAUCAUCGUGUUCAACGUUUUUCAAUUGAAUAG